GGCUACAGAUGACAGCUGAUCAAAAAAAGAUUGAUCUCAUGGUCUUUCAAUAUUGCAUUGACACAUUUUCGCAUCAAGAAGCAUAGCAGCGGCUACACAGUUAUUUGUUUGUGUCCCACCACUUCCGAAACAAAACUAAUGUAGCCCUUUGGGUUUCACCUACGUAAUAUCAGGAAACGCGACAACUGCUGGUGAAAUGAAAGCGAAACUUCUGCAUUCAGACGGGAGCCUGGAAGAUAUUAGCAGACACGGGGGAAGAUGUCACUCACGUUCAAUGGCUGGGAAACACUGUUCGAUGGAAAGCGGCAGCUGAAGCCGGGCCAGGCACCGAAGAGGGGGCGAGGCUACACCAUGUUUCACGGGACGCACAAGAGCAAUGCCAAGGCCAUAAUCACGUCUGGGUUCAAGCCUUCUGCCGGAGGCACGCUGGGCCCUGGGGUCUACUGCAGCAGAGACCUUAACAAGGCAACGGCGUACCCUGCGCUCUGUGCCCCGAACGACAGGGUCGUCUUCAGGCUCCUCGUGCGAGUGGGAAAGGUCAAGAGGAUUGACGGACAGGGCAUGAACUUGAUAAACACGUGGCAUCAGAACGGCUACGACACGGCCUGGCUGCCGUCUUCCAUGGGCCGCCCCGAGGAAGACUGCGUCUGGGACCCGAAGAGGCUCACCGUGGUGGGGAUUGAGCACUGCACUGAUCCGCAAGUCAAAAAGGACUUGGAAAACCUCAUUAAGCAGCGAGGUAAGGGGGUGUCGGUUAGCGCCACCCCCUCGCAGGCCGAGUGUAAGAUAUGUGGGAAAUCCACGCAGCCUCAGACCGCUCAUGUACUGCAAAAGUGUUGGGGCUGCGGAACGCUAAUUUGCCAUUUCAUGGAUAAGCAUGUAUGCCGCGAUAAAAGUUGAUAAAAAGCCGUAUUGUAUAUUGCUUAGGGACUUCCAAGUUAGCUAUUGCGUCAUUCGACCUUUGGCAAUGUGGUCAAAUUAACCUGAAUUGCUACAGUAAAUAGUGAUCUGUCUUGGCAAGGACGCUCUUGUAAAUUAGAUUUUUAAUCUCAAUGAGACUUUUCCUGGUUUAAUAAAUAUAAUGUAAAUGGGCUAUAUUGAAUGUAAAACGCAAACCGGGAAAGUUUGUUUGCUUAAUAUAAUGGGGAAACUUUAUGGUAGGUCUGCAACCCUGGUCCUGGAGAGCUGCAGGUCUAGUUGCUUUUCAUGGGUCAUGUGCACUUAAUUAAUCAAUUAGAGCCGUUGAUUACACAGUUUGCAGCUGAUUUUGAGGUGGAAAAAAAAAAAAACAACUGAGCUUGUGGCUCUCCAGGCAAGGGUGCAGACCUUAAAUACAACAACCACUUACACAAAAUAAACCAGGUGAGAUGAGUUAACUAUGUAAUCAACUGCUUUAAUUGAUCACAACAAAACAAAAGCCAGCAGACCCUGCGGCUCUCCAGGACCUGGGUUGGCCACCCCUGACCUACAGGAUGGUAGAUCUCCAGGAACAUGGUUGGGCAGCCCGGAAUAACACUAUUUGAAUGAUUAAGAGCAGAUUUGGCACAAAUUGCAGAAACAAAUUGUGCUCAUUUUGUGCCCUUGUUCAAGGAUCACAUAGGGCAAUUCCACACUUUUAUUAAUAUUAUUAAUUUCCAUGCCCAUCAUACAGUUUGUUACUGUAAUGCUAAGUACUGUGUGUGUCCUGGCAGGUGUUCACCAAUAAGGCUGUAAUGCUCUAUCAUUGCAAAAUAAAAUAUUUGGAUAAGAAA